AUGUCCUCUUUACGCUACGUUCAGGGUAGCGGUCCCCACAUCGCCUCUCCCGGUGUUGCAUCCGGUUCAGACGACGACCACGUCACUGACUACAAUCUCUCCCCCAGCUUACAGACAAAGCCUCUCCCUACGGGUACCCACUUCUAUACUUGGCCAGCAGACUCGGAAGCGAGCGGCCUGACGUUCUCCGACCCGGUGAUCGGCCCCGAGCACGAAGGUAACGAGCCCUACAACGAGAUACAAGACCUGAGCGACCAGAUCAAGCACUGGACCCUUGCCGACAAGAUCUUUGGCGACCUCCAGGACGAACCAGAUUUUCCUCGACUCUACGACACCUACGUUGUGCGCGAGAAUAUCAGCCCCGAAGAUUGGCAGGCCACGAAGAUUUACAUCGAGACGCACCCUCUGCUUCUACGCUGUGUAUCUUUUGUCUACGACCCCGAGAUGGGAAAACUCAAGGUCCACUCUCCGUCGGGCCUGCACCAAAGCGUAAACGAUUCAGUGCUCGGUCAGCUUUCCGGCAACAUCCAAGUCAAACGACCCCAAGCGAUCACCAUGGACCUCGAGCGCGGCCUCAUCACCGACAACGUAGCGCAUACGCCUGACAUCGUGGUGAGCGUCGUCACGCGCAAGCGCCUUCGUGAAGGCGACAUUUUCAUGUCGCGCGACGUGUCCGUCAACGAGACAUCCUUCACGCAAAGCGAGGACGACAUGCUUAGUCAGCUCCUCGUUGCCAUGAAGAAAGAACCCGACGCUGACCAGAGCCCUCUGCUCUUCACCGGCAUCGACAUCGAACGUCUGCCCUUCAUCGAUCCCGAUCCGAAUAGCCCAGACGCUGUGCCGGACGACGGCGGUUUCAUUCGCGGGGCCGGAGGUGCCAACGACAUCUUGUCGACUGGCUGGAAGCGAGGCGACCGCGUAAUCGUUCCGAGACUCAGGGCAAAAUGGUUUGUCUUCCUCCCGGAGGAUGAAGAGCAACUCGAGUACGGCCUAACCCAUCAUCACGAUUCUCACGACUGGACCGUGUGGGGUUUAGCUGUGCAAAUCCAAGAAGAGUACGAAGCGGGAUCGGAGGCUGAGCAGUCGCUGCAACAGGUGCUCCGUCGGUGGGUAAAGGCCACCAUCAGCAUACGCGAGGCAGCGCACAGCCAGAGGAUACGCGCGCUGCUCAGCGAGGCUGAUAAGACAUUGGCCGAUGACGUCAUCAAAGAAUUGGAAGGACUCCUCCUGAACCCCCCCGACUUCACUGAGCCUCCCGUUCCCAACCCCAUACCUUUCUUCAUAGAAGACAUCUGGGGCGGCGCUCGGCAGAAGGCCCACGACGAUGUGAGCCGCCACAUGUAUCGCGCCGACAACAAUCGUAAACCGCGAACAAAGUCCAUGGAAAACGAGGAAUGCCUCCAAAUCCUCAACAGCCUCAAGCGCGUGAAGGCCCAUCAUGAGCAGGACGGGGACACCGACGUGCUCAAGAACUUUCGAAAGAGACAACGCAUAAACACUCCUCCGCGAAACCUGUCGCCCCCUCCCCCGCGUCGUGUACCAGGCCGCUUGAAGGCUGAAAAUUUUGUGGACGAGUCAACGGACGAUGAAGAACCGAAACUCACAUCUACUUGGAUUAUGGCCGGUUUCAACAGCGACAAUUGUUGGAUCACUAUUGACGAACAGAAUUGUUUGAUCCAGCUGCUGAGCAACACUACGCAUCUCAACCAAGUCUUGGCAGGCUUGCUGGCACGAUUACAAGGCGUUUCGAAUGUUCCCAAGAACCCUCCGAUUGAGACAGUGGACCCUGGCAGCGGAACGUCCGCUGGGUCUUCUCGGUCUUCAGUGCCGACUCAACGCCAGACUCGCGCGCAAACUCGACGGCUAUGGAAUGAAGUGCAGCAUGGUAACACCGCAGACAAUGGGGCCGACCAACUAACGGCACCGUCACAGUCCUCGAAGGCCACUGUUCACAAUUUCUUCACGAAGCUCACAAGCAACCUGGCGGUUCAGGGCGUUGUGGACUGCUACGACGCAACCUCCGACUUUGUAGUCAUGUUGCGACUCAUCCAGCUUGCAUGCCGCUGUAGCGACUUGAGACAGGCUGAACCCGGCCUCACCAAUACCGACAUUUGGCAAGCGGAGCUGGAGGAAAAGAAGACCGUCGCGAAGAGAACAUUCCUUGACUGGAUUGCAAUGGGUAGCAAAUUUGCAUUCGUGGCGGGAGGAGGCUCAGUGUAUCUACUAGUCAUGAUCGCCAUCCAGAACCUCAGGGUUCCUUUGGGCGCGAUUGAUGGCCAUUCCGCCCAGGACAUAGGCAACAUGCUACGAUGGCCGGAUGACAGGCCGACCGACCUCUACCCUUGUCCUGGAUCGCAACGAUGUGUUUUUGACACUCUCAAGUUCAAUUCGUUCAAACUUGUUCCAAGGAUGCAUACUGCUUGGGAGCCUUGCAAUCAAGCCGUCCUGGUCGAUUCACCUGCCGUUGCAACGUCACGGUAUCCCGCCCCCCGUGACAAGGAGCAGAACAUAGCGUGGACAGAGAACGCGCGUUCACUCGCUAGCAAAGCGAGUGCACCACUUCAAACUGCGUACACAGGCGGGGAGAGAGCCCAUCCUGAGGCUUACAUUCGCGUGCCAACGAACACGAUAGUGGAUGUCCUAACCAUUCGAGGCGUGGAUCACUCGUUGGUUGCCAGCAUCUGCACGUCGAUGCCGGAUACCAUGAAACGGACUCUAAUCGACCGUCUCCUUGCAAGCUUCAAUUCAGACCCUUUCAAGACUGCAGACGCAAACUCAGCGACCGGCGAACGAACAUUUGAAGCGAUCCAUUUCUCAUGGUACAACCGUCACUGUACACAGAUGACCAGGGGAAUACGAACGCUUGAAGCUACGGCCGCUAUUCUACCUGGUAAUAACGUCUCGGUGGUCAGCCCGUUCGUCGGACUAGUGGUCAACCUCAACGUUGUCACUCGAGCCCACAGAGACAGCAAAGAUGACGGUGUAUGCCUUGUCUUGCCAAUUGGUGAAUUUGACGGCGCUGUCCUCAACUCUCGUCCCUACGUCUCUCGCGCGGACAGCCUGCAAGACGCCUACCAGGUUGAGCGGAAUUACCACGCACUCAACGAACGCACUCAACGAACGCGCCCACGGCGGAGACGGGCAAUCAUGUGGAGGGCUGCGCUAGGAAAGCUCAAGUGCGAAAGGAAGCAUGGUCGGAUGGAGGCGCGAGGAGUAGCAAACAGAACUUCCCAGCGCGAACGCGAGCUGCAGCUCAGCCUCUCCUCGUAUCCUCACCUCAGCGCCUUCCCUGCUGCAAGUGCAGCAAGACUUGCGCCACUGGACUCGCUGGCUGGAAUCACUGGCGAGACUGUCCGCGCCUCGCAUGACACUGCCAGUCUCGGCGGACCGCCACGAGAGCAUCCAGGCGCAGUCAAUCAUCUCUUCUCUGUGGGCCUCCCUGGCGAUCUAACUCAACAGGGGUCUGCGGAAGAUGCUCGGCUGCUCCCCACCUCUGGACCGUUCACGCUACACCACCCGCCGACCCGACUGCCUUCCCAAAUGCACUCUCCAUUUGACAACUCACUUGGCUGCUACGAACAUCUGUCCUGUCUGCUCGUGAUCGCGCUAGCAAUCCCGAUCUCUCAACUGCCCGUAAUCGUCAUCCCUCGUGCGCCACGCACUGUGGCCUCCGCCUUGCCUUCGCUCGCCCACGCCUCCGUGCGGAUUGCCGCGGAAGCAUUGUGCGCCCGUGCGCCGCGAAUGGUUGCGGCAAAUGAAUUCUUAAAUCUUGAGUUUCUAUUCAGCGCUAACAACACCGCGUCUCCGAAGGCUUCCAGAACUUCAACCAGCCGCGAAUCUCAUGUGCUCAUGCCUGCGCAGUGCGGUCCCAUGCUCGUGCCCUUGGCUUCCAUCAUCCUCCGACCAGGCUCGCACUACUGCUACGACCAGCGGAAGACUUCCAGAACCUCAUCCCGCGAGUCCGCUCACACGUCUCUCCGCAAUGCCGCACGCCAGUCUGGCGGCCAGCCGACCACGAAGGCUAAGACUGGUCGGGCUGCUGCCAAGUCAGCGCCGGCUGCUAAGAAGGCAACCGCCACGAAAGCCUUAUCGAAGGGUGCCGCGGGCUCCAAGCGCAGCAGGCUGGAAACACCAGAGAGAGAUGGCCAGACCUCUCAGCCCGACGUUCUGUCCCCGUCCGAGAAGCGGACGUAUGACAGGCUGAAAGCGAAGAUGGAGCAGGCCGAGAAGCAGGCGGCCGCCGAACGUCGAGCCAACAUUCAUAAAACAAGCACCGCUAUGUUGCUCGCUGAGAAUGCGUCUGGCGGAGAGGACGACGAGGACGAGGAUGAGCAACCGAGGCGUAAGAAGCUGAAGAAGAACAAGGAGAUCAGGUCCAGCGAUGAUGAAGAACAGGACGAGCUUGUCGAAGAGGAGGAGGAGGAGGCAAUGCAAGUGGAGCCCGAGGAGACAGAGAUGGACGCUGCGCCUCCGCGCGCUCGAUCGCAAGCCAAACCUAAACCAAGGCCUGCGUAUGGCAAGAAAUCGACGGACAAACCUGAGGUUGAGGAUGAUCCAGACGACGGGACGCGGCCGACGCUCGACCCAGACGAGCGUAGCCUUGCGAGGGCUCUCGGUGAGAAUCGCUCGUCCUCGGCGAAGGGAAACAAAGCUUCAAAGGCGAAGCAGCGGAACAACCGGGAUGACCGGGACAGUGCGUCCGAUGACGGCGAAGAGCGUCGACCUGCUGUCACACAGCCGGCCAAAGGCAAGAAGGUGUUGCGCAUGGACGCUGUCGUAAUUGACUCACCUCCAAAAAGGGUCAAGAUUAUGCAGAACGUGGUCGACAAGAACAAGGGCAAGGGUACAACGAUCGAGAAGAAGAAGAAGCCGAAGAAGCGGAGCGACUGGUUGGACACCGACACCGAGUCGGAGAACGAGACGGGGACAGAGGUGGACGAGGUGGAAGAAGACGACGAGCUCAGCAGUGACAGCGACGAGGUGUCGGAGGAAAGCAGCGAGGACGAAGGGACGGACGAGGACAGUGGGGAUGACGUGAUAGUUGUCAAGGCCCCUAAGGGCAAGACCCAGCGUUCCAAAGGCAAGGGAGGCAGACGCAGCCGCGGCAGCGCGGACAGGCCAAAGUCUGAAGGUCGUCGCCGUGCGCAGGCCAGGGACAUCCCGGAGACCCUCAGGCCGGUCGUUACGUGCUCACAGAUGUAUCUCCGCCUCCGCCUCUCCCUCAAUCAUGCAUGGACCGCCGAGAAGAUGCAGAAUAGCAGCCAGCUCCCCGACAAACACAGGGUCAUCAAGAGAGCCCUGAGGGAUGCUCGCAAACAUCGCGCCGAGGACGGUAAGAAGAUAGCGUACCUUGUCAGUGGGUUCAAGACCCUGAGAGCGAAAGGCAACAACAACCUUCGCAAGAUGGUCGCCAGCGUUGUAUGGACGGGCGCGUCUCAGCUCCGAAACGAGGUCAAGAAGAAGGCGAAGACCGUCGUCGACAACGCUUACGGCCUCGGCAGCCUCUCGACGCAGCGGAGAGUCGCGGCUGCAACGUUCCUCCUCAAGUCCAACACACAGGGCAAGUACUCGAUGCAAAACUUCAUUUUCGGCGACAUCGACAUCGCCUGGCAGUCGGACGAACCUCAUGAGGUCGACAUGAAGGCGAGCGUUGUGAACCGCAAGAAACCGUUCCAGCACAGGGCGCUGUCCGACGUCAUUGUGCAGCACUGGUUCCACGGACACAGGGACACUGCGUCGGUCGCGGCGUACGAUCGCUUCAGUGAGGUUCCCGACAAUCUCAUAGCCAUCGUCUGCAACGCGAUUGAGGCGGCGUUGGUGGACAUAGCCACAGGGACUCAUCAAUUCUCUAACAAGCUGUACGCUCCUAAGUGGGGCAAUGUCAUGGGGAUCUUGGAUCAGUUCAAGCACAACGCACCGGCGGCAUACCAGUUGCUGAAGGAGAUGAUCUGGACCAAUGUCAGUGCCCUAGUCGACGAACACAAAGCCCCGAAGAAGGACGCGCAAGAUGAUGACGACGCCGGUAGCAGCAUUGGCGAGCAAUUCAUCGCUUGGAGUGAUAUCGAGGUCGGCGACACUACUGCGACAACAAAGGCUGCGAAGGCUGCCGCGAAGCCGUCGUCUUCGUCUGCGAAGGCCGCCACGAAGCCGUCGUCUUCGUCUGCGAAGGCCGCCACGAAGCCGUCGUCUUCGUCGUCGACAAGGCAGACCGGCAAUCGUCGUGCAGCAGUUGAGCCGGAGAUCGACGCUGAAGGUUCUGCUCCUCAUGACGGGCCAAACUGA